AUGUCUUCUCCCUUGGGAAUGGUAUCAAUCUAUGUCUUCUCCCUUGGGAAUGAUAUCGAUCUUUGUCUUCUCCCUUGCGAAUGGUAUCGAUCUAUGUCUUCUCCCUUGCGAAUGGUAUCGAUCUAUGUCUUCUCCCUUGCGAAUGGUAUCGAUCUAUGUCUUCUCCCUUGCGAAUGGGAUCAAUCUAUGUCUUCUCCCUUGGGAAUGGUAUCGAUCUUUGUCUUCUCCCUUGCGAAUGGUAUCGAUCUUUGUCUUCUUCCCUGUGAAUGGUAUCGAUAUAUGUCUUCUUCCUUGGGAAUGGUAUUGAUAUAUGUCUUCUCCCUUGGGAAUGGUAUCGAUCUUUGUCUUCUCCCUUGCGAAUGGUAUCGAUCUAUGUCUUCUCCCUUGCGAAUGGUAUCGAUCUAUGUCUUCUCCCGUGCGAAUGGGAUCAAUCUAUGUCUUCUCCCUUGCGAAUGGUAUCGAUCUUUGUCUUCUCCCUUGGGAAUGGUAUCGAUCUUUGUCUUCUCCAUUGCGAAUGGUAUUGAUCUUUGUCUUUUCCCUUGUGAAUGGUAUUGA